AUGCAAGCUCGACGACAAAUAAUAACGUCGGCCCAGCGCCUAGCUGGUGCCACUGCGCGAACAUACAGACCUGCCGCUAUUGCCAGCGCAAGAGCUCUGGCUCGAAGCCCGGCCUCUACGCGGCUUCUGCCCACAAUGGUCACACGAACAUAUGCCACCGGCCGAGGGCCUCAUCCUCCUGGCGGAACACAUCGAAUGAACAUGAGCGGCGAGGAGGAGAAGCCCGCCCUGGAGCAGUUUGGUGUUGACCUGACAGCUCGUGCCCGCGACGGCAAACUCGAUCCCGUCAUCGGCCGCGAUGCUGAAAUUCAACGAACCAUUCAAAUUCUUUCCAGACGAACAAAAAACAAUCCGGUACUGAUUGGCAAUGCCGGUACCGGAAAGACCGCUGUGUUGGAAGGUUUGGCACUGCGCAUCAUUAAUGGCGAUGUCCCCGAGAGCAUCAAGAACAAACGAGUCAUCAGUCUGGAUCUCGGCUCCCUCAUCGCUGGUGCCAAGUUUCGCGGUGACUUUGAGGAGCGACUGAAGAAGGUGCUCGACGAAGUACAAAAGGCUGAAGGCCAAGUAAUCCUCUUCAUUGACGAGCUUCAUACGCUGCUCGGUCUCGGCAAAGCAGAGGGUUCUAUCGAUGCCUCCAACUUGCUCAAGCCCGCACUCGCUCGUGGAGAGUUGCAGUGCUGCGGUGCUACAACUCUCGCGGAAUAUCGAGUCAUUGAAAAGGAUGUUGCCUUGGCACGACGUUUCCAACCUAUCAUUGUUAAUGAGCCGACCGUGGAAGACACGAUUAGCAUCCUGCGAGGCAUCAAAGACAAGUACGAGGUGCACCACGGUGUCCGCAUUACCGACGGCGCUCUCGUAGCUGCCGCCUCCCUAUCAAACCGCUACAUCACGGAUCGAUUCUUGCCCGACAAGGCGAUUGACCUGAUGGACGAAGCUGCCAGCCACCUCAAGCUGCAGCACGAAUCAAAGCCAGAGGACAUCAUGCGCCUCGACCACAAGAUCAUGACGAUUCAGAUUGAGCUGGAGAGUCUGCGUAAGGAGAAGGACGUUGCCAGCAAGGAGCGACGAGAGAAGCUCGAGCAGGAGCUCAAGAAGUACCAGGAAGAAAUCUCCGAACUCAACGCUAGGUGGGAAAAGGAAAGAUCGGAGCUUGACGCCGUCAAGAAGAUUCAGGAAGAUCUUGACAAGGCCCGAUUCGAACUGGACCAGGCCCAGCGCACCGGCAACUUUGGGCGUGCUUCGGAGCUCCGCUUCGGCGUUAUUCCAGAUCUCGAACAGAAACUGCCCACGGAGUUUGAACAAGAACAGCCCAACGAUAGCACCCUCAUCCACGACAGCGUCACCGCCGACGACAUUGGUGCGGUCGUCUCCCGCAUCACUGGCAUCCCCGUCUCCAAGCUGACUUCGGGCCACAUUGAGAAGCUGGUGCACAUGGAGGACAGCCUCCGCGAAUCGGUCAAGGGCCAGGACGAUGCCAUCAAAGCCGUCGCCAACGCGGUCCGUCUGCAGCGCGCGGGCCUAAGCGGCGAGAACAAACCGCUGGCAUCGUUCUUCUUCCUCGGUCCGACGGGCGUGGGCAAGACGGAACUCUGCAAGAAGCUCGCCGGGUUCCUCUUCUCGACCGAGUCGGCCGUGGUGCGCUUCGACAUGUCCGAGUUCCAGGAGAAGCACACCGUGUCGCGGCUCAUCGGCGCGCCGUCGGGCUACGUCGGCUACGAGGACGCCGGACAGCUCACCGAGGCGGUGCGGCGCAAGCCUUAUGCCGUGCUGCUCUUCGACGAGUUUGAAAAGGCACACCGCGACAUUUCGGCCCUCCUCCUGCAGGUCCUCGAUGAAGGCUACCUGACGGACGCGCAGGGCCACAAGGUCGACUUCCGCAACACAAUCAUUGUCCUCACGUCCAACCUCGGCGCCGACAUCCUCGUCGGCCAGGAUCCCAUGCACCCGUACAAGGAGGAUGCGAGCGGCGAGGUGGACCCCUCAGUGCGCGCUGCCGUCAUGGACGUGGUCGGCCACGCCUACCCGCCCGAGUUCCUCAACCGCAUCGACUCAUUCAUCCUCUUUAAGCGGCUCGCGCGCGGUGCUAUCCGCGACAUCGUCGACAUCCGUCUCAAGGAGCUGCAGCAGCGCCUCGACGACCGCCGCAUCGUCCUGGCCGUCGGCUCGGACGUCAGGGACUGGCUCGCGGACCGCGGCUACGACCCCAAGUACGGCGCUCGCCCGCUCAACCGUCUCAUCACCAACGAGAUUGCCAACGGCCUCGCGGACCAGAUUAUCCGUGGCAAUCUCAAGAUGGGCGAGACGGCGACGGUGCGCAUCAAGGAGGACGGGUCGGGCCUCGAAGUGGUAAACACGACGCCGGCAGAAACUGCGCCGGCGCCCGAGUCUGCUUGA